AAAAGGAGCUUUCAUUCCAAAAAAAAAUGCCCCUCGUCUCUUUUUUCCCCCAUCGAAUCAGCCUCCUUCUCCAUCGGCCUUGGCUUGGAGAUCUUCGCACGUCACCGACACAGCUUCACCUUCAAUCGCCGUAUCUUCUCAUCCACUUCGUCGCCGAAGUCUUCCUCAUGAAAUCGACAGCCUCGUUUUUAUCUUCAUGAAUCGAGCACACGAACCACAUCAACAUCAGACUGGAAUGUGAACCCAAUCGACACUUGAUCUCGUGAAUCUGUUAAACCCCCCCUCUUGAAUUCUCUCUCACAUGAGAGAAGCUUGGUUGGAAUCUUCUUUCAUUUCUCAUAUUGGUUUGUCAUCAGAUAAGUUCAUUGGUGUUUGUUUCAUCAAGUGGGUUGAAGGUGAGAUAGAGCGAAAGCAAUUGAUAUCUCUUAUAUGUCAAGGAGGAGCUUACCACAUUGGUUACUUGGAAGACAUGUAUGAAGACUACGGGAAAAAAAGAUGUGAGAGUGAUAUGGUUUUAUCGCAGUGAAGAACUCACGAAACUAUGUUAUAUUCCGGACAAAAAUGAUGGACAAAAAUGAUGAAUCAGAAGAAUUUAGGGAGCUUGUGAGUAAACAAAAAGAGCAAAACGAAGAAUCAAUGGAAAUAAUGAAGGCCAAAUAUGAACAACAAAACAUAAGAACCGAGUAGAUUAAUAAGCAAUUACAAUCGACAAUGGUUGUUAUUAGUGCUUUUCAACAACUACAAAACUAGUAGAUUAUAAAGCGUGAAUUUGUUUAUUUCAAAGUAUUUAUUUUAGAUUAGCCAUUUUCUUUUAUUCCAU